AUGUUGGAACCAUUCAAGGCCCAGAUGAUCCUGCCUGCUGAGUUUGGCGACGUAGGUCCCGACGCCUUCUUCCCAUCGCUCCUUUUGACACAGCAAGGUGCAUCUUCGGAGCUGAAUAAGUACCUUGUGGAGUUUGCUUCCUUCCUGAUGCAGCAGCCGUUCUUACAGAGGUUGCGUUGCUUGCCUGCAGAGGCCAAAGCUUGGCUGAUGGAACGCGCAGUUCGGUCAGCAGGAUUGGGCGAUACAUGGCUUGCCGAAUGGGCUCAAUUGGCGGAGAAACUCCUGGAGACAGACAUAAGCAAUGAGAGCCAGUGGAAUGUCCAAGAGUUUGGGCUGGCAGCAGCCUCCCUAUUGGCAAGGUCUGUGCCUGUACUGGAAGAGGAGCUGGAAGCCUUAGCGUGGAUGGUCGAGCUGAUGAAGCCCAGGCGACAGCCUUCAGCCUUUUAUGAUUCAGUGAUGACUUCUCUUGAUCUCCUACUGCAGGAUUUGCAGGUCGGCGAAGCCGAGCUAGGGGAGCGCGCCGCGGCAAUUGCAGUUGGAUUUCAGGAGAUUUUGCGUGGUCUUAUUUGCAUUCAGAGUUUAUUGGCAUUGGAGAAGCCCUCGUUGGUGGAGCCACGGGAUUGUUUUGACGACACUCUAUACAGAAAGCUUCUUGUGGCUUUGCAAGCAGGAGCAGACCUCCAACGGCAUCUUGGGGGUCCAAGACGCCCUGGCACAAGUGGGAAAAGUGGCAAAGCAAGCUUGGCUGCAACCCGUGCAAAACGACUGGCGCGGCUUCUGACCAGUGCUUUACCAUUGGCAUCGGAUGAUGAGCAAGAGAGAGAAGAGAAGAUAUCUGACUUGAUCCUGCGAGAGAAGGAGGUCAAGAGUGAAUUCCUGCAAGAAAAGACUGAGGAGGCAAAGUUUUCGGCAUCAGCAUGGCGCGAAAGCAGAGGAAUCCAGCGCACAGAAGUACAAAGAUUGCCCAAGAGGCCAGAGAAGCUCCUGUCACCAGAGGUGUCACCAGAGGUACCAGACGUGCCACAAUAUCGUCCAAAAGUGCGAAGUUCACUGGCCAAAGAGGUUGCCGCUCGCACACCACCACCUGGCAACAUGUGGUUCAUUCCGGGCAAGACCGAGACUGCGCAGUCCAAGAACAAACGGCAAGAAGAUGUAACACAGGCAGCUGAAAAGGAAGAAGAAGAAGAAGCAGAAGAAGAAGAAGAAGAAGAAAAAGAAAAAGAAGAAGAAGAAAAAAAAGAGGCAGACUCAGAGGCCAAAGUGCAGCAGAAGCGAUUACAACAAAAUCAAGCAGAAGCCGAACUUCUUCAAGAGGCAUGGAAGAAUUUGGAAGACGAUCGGCAGUUGGCAAGGGCAAUGGCCCAUGACACUUUACCCAAGUUUUGGGAGAAUCUUUGGGAUGAGGCGCCAGAUUCUAUUUUCAAGGAGAAUGCUUGGGAGCAGCUUGAGAGCCGCAAAGCAGGUCACCCUGAAGAGGAGUUGCCUAUUGAAGGAAUGCGUAGCAAGAUAGUGGAGCAUGUUCGCGACCAUCGAGCGACUAUUUUGGUGGGAGCAACAGGAUGUGGAAAGUCCACACGAUUGCCACAGUACAUCAUGGACGAGCCAAGAGCAUCGGUUCUUGUAACUCAGCCUCGCCGUGUUGCUGCAGUUGAGAUUGCCAAGCGAGUGGCCUCAGAACGGGGAGAACCCGUAGGCCAAAAUGUUGGCUAUCGCAUAUCUGGUGAGACGUUGGUAGGAAGUGGCAAGCUGCAGUUCGCCACUAUAGGCUAUGUGCUGACCUGGUUUCUUGCGAACCCUGAGCAGUUUGGAAAGUUCAGUCACAUCGUAAUCGACGAGGUUCACGAGCGAGGAGCAGACAUGGAGCUGUUCUUGCUGUUGACGAAGCUCCUGAUGUACCUCUUCCCACGCCCCAAGGUCAUUUUGAUGUCAGCUACGAUGCAGCCUGACGAAUUCCGCAGCUACUACUCCGAUUUUGCGAUAGGCGAGCCUUUAAGCGUGCCUGGGCGAACCUUCCCUGUCGAAGAGCUCUUCCUGGACGAUUUGCUGUCGGAGUACAGUGACAGCUUGCCGCCCUCUGUUCUCACUCUCCUGGAGGCAGCGGCAGAGCAAUUCGAACAGCUGUCUGAGGAUGACCUCAAGUCCCCAAGCAUUCUUCCGGGGCUGCUUGAACUGGCGGUGCAGCUGUGUCCGCAUUUUGCGCAGCCGGACUCGACAAUGCUGAUUUUCCUACCCGGGCUCCUGGAGCUCAACAAACUCUCAGAUUUGUUUUCAGAGGUCUUGAAUGCAAUGCCAAGGCAAACUUUGCAAGGGCUGUCCAGCUUCAAGACUUUUGUGCUGCAUUCAAUGGUCCCCAGAACCGAGCAGGAAGAGGUCUUCAAGCCGCCUACAGGUGGCCGCUGUCACGUUGUGCUUGCCUCCAACAUAGCCGAGUCCUCGCUCACCUUGCCCAGAGUCACGACUGUGAUAGAUUUUGGGCUACACCGAGAGCCAGUGUUUGAUGCCAAGCAAGGCUUAAACUGCCUUUGCACAACAUGGUGCUCCCACGCUUCCGUGAGGCAGAGAAGUGGUAGGGCUGGACGCACACAGCCUGGAGUAGCCCUUCGCCUAUUCACACGGCGUAUUUUUGAGGAGACGAUGGCCGAGUUCGACACUCCUGAGAUUUUGCGGACAUCCCUGUCCAGGCUUUUCUUGCGGGCGAAGAGGCUUUCUGAGGUGCUGCAAAAGACAGCUGCCAAGAUUUCGGCGCAAUGUCCUUUGGACCUAAGCAGUGCGAGGGCCUUGCUAGGCUCCUUACCGCAACCCCCCGAGCGCUAUGUUGGUCAGGUAAGGGAGCUGGCCAAUUCCGGUGCAUUGGCUGCACCAACCGAAGAAGCAGACAUUACUUCCUUAGGCUCUGACAAGAUCAUGUCCGAAAUUGAAGCCUUGCGAAGCUCAAGCCGCUUGCGACCAAUGGCCCGGGCGAACGAGGCGUCCAAGAAAGACGACAGCGACAACAAUGUGAGCUCGUACAGCCCCACUUUCGCGCGAAAUCUGGUGAACAUGGGAGAUCUAUCGGAAGAUCCCUUUUCCGAGGAGAACUGA